AUGUCGACCAUAUCCAACUUCCCACUGCUGGCUGCUGCAAAGCGUGACAACAUCAAUGCUCUUCUCAUAGGCUCCUUCAUCGCCAUCGACAUGUCCAAACCAUUACUUGCAUGGAGCCUCAAUGGAGCUGCUCUGAGGAUGUGUCAAACGCUCGGGUAUCAACGCAAAAUGACCAAGUUGCCACAAGAGGAGCAGGACCGAAAUGGCAUGCUGUUUUGGAAUUGCUAUAUGAUGGAUCGGAACACUUCCUUGCGACUAGGUCGGGCACCACAGAUGCCUGACUAUGACAUUACCGUGCCUCUCCCUCGCCUUUGCCCUACCUUCUCCGACGCUCUCGUCCACAUGCAAAAUUUCUGGAUCGAAGGCGCCAGAAUCCAAGGCGUAAUCAGCGAGAAACUCUACAGUCCCAGAGCCUUGACAGAAUCCCAAGAACACCGAGCCUCCAUCGCCAAAACCCUCGUCACUGAUCUCGAAAGAGCCUUCGACUUGAGAAUCAAGGCUCAGGACAUUAUCCUGCCACCCAAAGACAAAGAACAGUGUCCAUCGCUGGAGCCGAUUUUGGCCGGGGAUACCAUCGCGCAUUGGAGUAUGAUGACACUAGUCCUACAAGCAGUGGCCACUUCACCCGAAGCCAAAGCAGAGGCACUGACCGCGGCUCGAACUACUCUACGCCUCAGCAGAGACUUGACACAAACCCACAAAGGCAACGUCUAUGCCUGGGCCAUGUAUUGCAACUGGGUCGCCCUACACUCCCCCGUCAUGACAGCCUUCACAACACUCUUCUCGAACGCGAUCGCAAACUUCCAGGGCCCGGCAGAAGACAUGGAAUUAAUGGAAGCGUUUGUCCGUUCCCUCGAACCAGUGCGCGCAAGAUUCGAAGGCAUCGACAAAUUCUACCAACUCUGUUCCGUCUUCUACGAAGUCGCCGCCAGUUGCGUCCGGCUGAAACAACAGCAAGCAGAAGCGCAGAAAACCUUGCCCAGCAUCCCCGAGGCCGUCACCUCGACGGGCGAAACCAUGACGCUGAAUGAUUUCGAUCAAUAUCUUUCCGCCAUCGGUCUCCCGUUACAGGAUUCCGCGAUGAAUCCGCUCCCCGACAGCAGUUCUUUUGGCGGCAACAAUGCGAAUUUCUUGCAGGAUUGGUAUAAUGCCAAUACUUCGCUUUACGGAUUGCUGGAUCAGGAUUUUACGAGUUUCAAUGAUAUGGCGUUCGAUGCCCAGUAGUGAAGCGAUCCAGGCAUACUUCACGCAUCAACCCCGUUGCAAGUCCCGGCGUUCACAAAUCUAAAUCCCAUCUCUUCCGCGUGAACAGUUCAGUAACACACCAACGUCCGUCCACAUUGCGAGAUCGUAGAACGGCUGGUCUCCCGUCAAGUGGCACGCAGCGUAGAGACGGAUCAGGCCUGUGUACACGUUCUUGACGCCACAGACACGAGCUAGAAGACCAUCGGGCUGAGGCGCAUUCUUCCCGGAGAACAGCUUAAGAGACACGGAUGCAAGGAAGUUGAUUACUGAGUACUCACUAGUCAGCGCCUGUAAUCAUAAUCAUAGUCAAUAAUAAGUGAAUAAUUAGUAAUCAUAAUCACGUAAUCAUAUAAUCAGUACCU